CGACUGAAAAGACUACAUGAGCCCAGAUGUCUAAAUUCAAGUCAGAAAUGCCCAGAUCAGGCCGGGUUCUACCCGAUUUUACGCUGGUGCAGGGCUCAAAUCUUUCAAGAUCGGCAGGGAUCUAGCCAAGUUUUACGCUAUCUCCGGAGGCUUGCUGCCAUUUUUGAAGCACUUUUACGCUAUUUCCCGGAGGGUUAAGUCAAAAAUUUCGGCCAGAUUUACUUUAUUUCGGAGGAUGUUCACCCUAUGUGUCCGUGGGCCUGCCAGAACCCUGGGACCGAUAACGCUGAUAAGGUCCACGCGCCCGCUCUAUCGACCGAUCAAAAGAAGACGCGCGACGUCACGAAUAUGUCACGCGUCCGACUUCCUGGAACUCCUCAUAACGAUUCCCAAGCACGACAUGUUAUUCCCCACGGACACGCUCCAACACCGCCCGCUUCCGGAAUACCGCGAUGAUGUUCGACCGUCGAGUGCUGCUGGCCGUGCUGAAUCUGCUCGCUGCGGCCGACGCGGUGACCAACUACCAGGCCCAGGGCAAGCACGGCGCCGUCGUGUCCGAGGUUGCCGAGUGCUCGGACAUCGGUCUCAGCAUGCUCAAGAAGGGCGGCACUGCCGCUGACGCCAUGAUCGCGACGUCUCUGUGUGUCGGGACGAUCGCCGCGUACCAUUCGGGUAUCGGCGGCGGUGGCUUCAUGAUAAUCCGCUCCCAAAAGAAGGACGGGCCGGGCUACGAAAUGAUCGACUUCCGCGAAACGAUGCCCGCGGCAGGGAACGAGACGAUGUACCUCGCGAACGCCACCUCGCAGCUGUACGGCGGGCUGUCCGCCGGCGUGCCCGGAGAGCUGCGCGGCUGGGAGGCGCUGCACAAGGCGCACGGGAAGCUGCCGUGGAAGUCCCUCUUCGAGCCGGCCAUCAAGCUCGCGCUCGACGGAUACAACGUGAACGCCGAUCUCGCCGCAGCGGUCAACCCCACGAGCUAUCCGUUCCUCGUGUCCGAUCCCCUCUGGGCGGAGACGUACGCGCCCCACGGGACGCCGCUCGUCGAGAACCAGCGGGCGAGGCGCAAGCGCUACGCGAAGACGCUCGAGAAGAUCGCGAACCACGGCGCGGACGCGUUCUACACGGGCGCCAUCGCGGAGCGCACGGCGGCCGCCGCGCAGCAGAGCGGGGGGAUCAUGACGACGGCUGAUCUGGCCAACUACACGGUGAUCAACCGCGUGCCGGCGAACAUCACCUACCGCGGCAAGUAUCGGAUCUUCUCGACCGUCGCGCCGUCGUCCGGCUCGAUUGUGCUCUCGAUCCUCAAGACGUUCGAAGGCUACAACGGCUCCGCGCAGCUGACCGAUCCGGCGAUCAACGACACGACGCACGAGCUCAUCCAGGCGACGCGCUUUGGGUAUGCCGUGCGCCAGAACUUUGGCGACCCGGCGUUCACUGCGAACGUGACGACCAUCGAGCAGGAGAGUCUCACGGAGCAGGCGGCCGAGCUGUUCCGCUCGAAAAUCGACAACAUCACCCACCCGAUCAACUAUUACGGGUUGACCGAGUUCACGUCGCUGGAGGAGCACGGGACCAGCCAUCUUGCCGUCGCUGACCAGUACGGCAACGCGAUUUCGCUGACGACGACUGUGAACUUCUUCUGGGGCUCUCGAGUCAUGACUGAAGAUGGUAUCAUUCUUAACGACGAGAUGGACGACUUUUCUAGCCCCGGCUCUGUCAACGGAUUCGGAUUCCCUGCUUCGCCCAUCAACUUUGUGCGACCCUUCAAACGACCCCAAUCCUCGAUCUCCUCGUCGAUCGUCGAGGACCUUGACUCGCGCGAGUUUGUGAUGGCGACAGGGAGCGCAGGAGGCAGCCGCAUUAUCACAGCCACUCUGCAGCACCUCUACCACCAUCUCGACCAAGGCUACGACGCGCUGCAGUGCACCCAUGCCAGCCGGUGGCACGACCAGUUGACCGGGCUGACGUACUUCGAGCUGCCGUACCCGAAUCUCGGCCUGCCGGGCUUCAGCAACGCGACGAUCGCCAACCUGGUCGCGCGCGGCUACAACGCCACAUACGAGGACUCGACCGGCAGCACGGCUCACGUGAUCGUCAAGAAAGACGGCGUGUUCCAAGCCGCCAACGACCCGCGCAAGUCAGCAGGUGGACCGGCAGCAUACUAGAUAUCUAGGCGUUCGUCGAUGAAAAAGUAUGGCCAGCGUAGUUGUCCAUCAUGAUAGCAUAAUUUAUUCAGAGACGAUUUGAUCAUCCGCCCAUGAGCUCGACGUGAGCUGGUAAAGCUAUGCGCGCUUGAGUAGCGAAUUCAGUCUGUGCUCGUUGGGAUACAUCCGGGUGCAAACAGGCCUGCAAUCCCACGCGGCGGAGCGCGGGAAACAGGAGGAUCCAGUCCAGAAUCGAUUGCGGGUCGACAUAGUCCUGGUGCCCCGACAGAACCAGAGUAUUCACGCGUGUCAGCGAUCGAGGCACAUCCUCCGAGAUAUCCCUGAGCCAUGUCCCUGAUGGGAUCUGCAGGACAAGCAGCUGCGAGCCGCGAUGCCUCGCGAGCAGGCGCAGAAACGCCUCCAUCAUGGCGCCGUCUGCCGCGCCGGUGAUCCGCACAGAAACGAGCUCAGGAAACACGUCGGCCGGCGCAGCGAACAGGUGGGACGCGCACAGCGCCGUCGUAGUGAUGUUCCUGAUGUGGCGCAGGGUGGCGUGCGGGAACGGCGGCGCGCCCGGGACGGUGAGCGGGUCCGGGUAGUAAUACAGCCGUCGGAGCGCAACGUGUCGGGCGAGGAACCCAUCUAGGUCCCGUGCAUGGAUCCGCGGCUGAUCGCACUCGGGAUCCAUCCGCACGAUGGGCAGAGUCGCGAACGAGAGGACAGGCAGGAUCGCAGCCCACUCCUCGCCGUCGAGCGGCGACGACAGAUCCACCACAUUGGGCCAGUUCGACAGGUCUGGAUUGGCCACCGCCAACGUCCAUUGCGGGAACUGCGCGGACAAGGGUGUCGAGAAGCGCGUUAUCUGCACCGACCUGAUCGUCAUCAGCGGGAACACAGAAAAGCACCGCCCGUUGUGCUGCACGAUAGACGUCUUGGACCGGGUCGUGCGCUUCUCCGGCAGGCCCGCCAUGGCCUCGAGCAGCCCGGAGAAAGAGCUGAACAAUCCGAAUCCGUUCGCCACGGGCGCGUCGUCAGAGUUGAAGGCGUAUCGGUCAAGCCGCCAUGUCCGGAUGUCCCCCGCUCUCGCGGUGAACACGUCGAACCCCGCGAAGACCACGGGCUCGUCUGGGGAUCGCCCGAAGGAGGACAGCGCAUCGCAGAACGCGGCGGUGAUGUCCCGCUGGGGGUUGAACGCCUGCGUGCUGGCAAAGUCCACAGAGGAUAGUAGGUCGCCCCCGAAAUGCAGGUGCACGUCGGUCAGUGCGUGCCGCGCGGCCAGGCGCUUCAGCGCCCCGAGCUCGUGCGGGCACCGGCUGCGCCCUGCCUCCGUGCGCAUGUCGAAGGCGCAGGUCAGGCGGUGGAUGGGGGGUGGGUCCCAGGCCAUGUUGAGCAGGGGCAGCACGGCAGAGGAGAUCGACACUGAACCCGGGAGGAGUUUCGCAGGCUCUUUGCCCUCGUUGGACAGCAAGACCGCCAACGCGAGAGAGUUGAAACGGCGGCAUGUUUGUACUCGUUCGGGAUGUCGAGUGGGUCGAUUGGGAACGCCACCGGGAUGACGGAAGGGGGGUAGAGCCAGCGAGAGAGAAAGCCCGACAUGGGAGGGGGGAACUUGUGCGGAGGGUGAGCACGACUCCAAGUAGUCUGGACACUUUUGAUCGGACUCGGACUGAUCCCUCGUUCUCGUCUUAUUUACCAUGAGCGGCUGGAACUUUGGGCUCAAGCCCGUUCCGCAGGUCGCGCGGCCCUUCGAAACGACAGGGCAAAAAUUCGGCCGCAAGUGCAGAGAGAACCCGUACGUUCCGAUAUGUGGUUUGCUCACUGUCGGCAACCUCGUCAUGGCGAUAGUCAGCCUCGCGCGGGGUCAAUCACUCAGAAUGAACUACUGGCUGCGGGGGCGCGUCGCCAUGCAGGGCCUCACGAUCGUCGCUCUCGUCGUCGGCGCGUCGCGCAUGGGCGAGCUCGACUGGGGCCCCGACCGCUACCAGCGCGGCGUGCACUGGGAUCUGCGCCAGCUGCUCGCGCAGGAGGAGAAGACGUUUUUGGCGCGCAAGAGCGCCGCGCAGUAUGCCGGGGAGGCGGAGGACAGCGUGUACGGCAAGGGCGUCCUCGCG